AUGGCAGAUAAAAAGAAAUGCCGUAAAUCUAUUACCUUGGAUAUGAAGCUUAAAAUUAUUAGAUUGUAUGAUGAAGAUGUAAUUCAAGCUGAAAUAGGCCGAAAGCUAGGCUUCACUAGGACCACAAUUAACACAGUCAUGAAAAACAGAGAAAAAAUUGUUGCAGAAGUUAAAAGUGCUACACCUUUUAACACCACAACGAUUCGAAAAAGGGAUAGCAUUGUUGCAGACAUGGAGAGACUCCUAAUACUUUGGAUAGAAAAUCAGACAACACGCCAUGUUCCUGUAAACCAGGCAAUUAUACAAAGUAAAGCCUUAAGCUUAUUCAAUGACCUGAAGGCUAAGAAAGGUGAAGCAGCAAAGGAUACUGAAUUUGUUGCAAGCCGUGGAUGGUUUGAUAGGUUUAAGAAGAGGUCUAAUCUACAUAACAUCAAAGUGCAAGGAGAGGCAGCUGCUGCAGAUACUGAGGCUGCAGAAAGCUAUCCAAGUGAAUUUGCAAAAAUUAUUGAAGAUGGAGGCUACUCUAUGGAUCAAAUUUUUUAUGUGGAUGAGACUGGUCUAUUCUGGAAGAAGAUGCCUGCAAGAACCUUCAUUGCAAGACAGGAAAAAUCAAUGCCAGACUACAAGCCAGCUAAAGAUAGAAUAACCCUUCUGUUAGGUGGCAAUGCUUCUGGUACCUUAAAGCUAAAGCCUUUGUUUAUUUACCGUUUUCAAAAUCCAAGAGCUUUGAAGAACUACGUUAAAACUAGACUUCCAGUGCAUUGGAGGGCAAAUAAAAAAGCAUGGGUAACUGCAGCCCUUUUUGAGGAUUGGUUUGACACCUGCUUUGUUCCAGAGGUGAAAGCUUAUUGCAAGGACAAUAAUAUCCCUUUCAAUAUUUUGCUGCUUGUUGAUAAUGCUCCUGGACACCCUCGAACGCUAGAUGAGCUCAACCCUAACAUUAGAGUGGAAUUCCUACCACCAAAUACCACCUCAUUACUGCAGCCCAUGAAUCAAUGUGUCAUAGCUGCCUUCAAGUUAAACUACUUAAAAAGAACAAUCAUUAAGUGUAUUGCAGCAAUAGACAAAGAAGAAGGUGCAGGGCAAGAAGUCCUAUCGAAAUUCUGGAAAAGCUACAACAUCUUGGAUUGCAUUAAAACUGUAAGAGAUGCUUGGAAUGACAUAAAGAAUACCACAAUGAAAAGGGCCUGGAAAAAAUUAUGCCCACAGUUAGCUGAUGAUUCUGAAGGUGUUGAUGAUUCUGUAGCUAAUGUUACUGAAAAUAUUGUAGAGAUGGCAAGACAGUUAGAGCUGGAAUCUGAGAAGAGAGACAGUAGCGAAGUGGAUGUGAGGGAAACCUCGGUAGAAUUCUCCGAAACUGGAAGUGAGCCCUUGUCAGUUCUGAGAGAAUGGAAGUUUGCAGAGCUACGGUUUGGUUUCAAGUUAUCAGUUGCUGAUCGAAACAGAUGA